UUUAAUGCAGGGCAACGCAGGAAGCGUCCCUGGAAGCGAAGCCGUUAGAGAGGUUGUGAAGGUACCGCUGUGAGCCUAGGUGUGUAAAAGAGCAAGGGCAUGAGUCUGUAGCGAAAAAACCGAAAGAGCGGCGUCGGUGGUUGCUUAAGGAAGGUCCACGUAUCAUGGCUGGUUCUGCAAUUAGGGUCGGCGACCAGCUGAUCCUGGAGGAAGACUAUGAUGAAAAUUACAUACCGCAAGAAAACGAAAUUCUGGAGUAUGCACGGCUGAUUGGAAUAGAUCCAGAUACAGAAACUGAGCUCAUGUGGCUAGCUCGGGAAGGCAUUGUGGCACCAUUACCAUCAGAAUGGAAACCAUGCCAAGAUGUUACAGGCGAUAUAUAUUACUUUAACUUUUCCACUGGACAGUCAAGUUGGGACCAUCCAAGUGAUGAGUAUUACAGAGACCUAGUUAUUCAGGAGCGGGAGAAGCUGCAGGCACAGGGUCCCAAUAAAAAGAAAGAGAAAAAGAAGAAGAAAGAGAAAAAGAAAGAAAAGAAGACAAAAGAGUUGCCUAAACCUACUAUGUCAUUGGGAUCGCCGCUGGGUAGCCUUGCCCCAAUAAGGGGCUUGGGUGAAAUGGCUGGUAGCAGUGGAGAAAUGCGAGGGUCACUGAGCAGCAGUGCAGGGAGUUCUGGAGGAUUUGAAACUCUUUUAGCUGGAUCAUUCAAGAUCUCAGGACAACAGCCUUCAAAAUCUUACAUCAAGAACGGUGAAGGAAAGAAACCAGAGCAGAAGAUUAGCCUGACCUUACCAGAUGUGGAGGAGGAGGAGGAUGAGGAUGUGCCUGCUAGUGAAGUCCAGAGUCCCAAGGGAUCUGCACGCUUGCUCAAAAACCUGCAUAUGGAUAUCGGAUCUCUAGGAGGAGGUUUUGAAUAUGAGGAGAGUGAGCGGGAAGAAAUAAAUGCUUCUGCUGACCACUCAGAUGAAGGUUCUGAGCCAGAACUAAAGAAGAUUGGAAAUCCUGAGGAUGAUGAUGAGAGCCAAAUAGAGGAGUCUGAAUCUAGCGAGGAUGUAAAGGAACUUGAGUCUGACCACAAACGGCGUGGAGCACUGGAUUUCGGGUUCACUAGCCAGGCCAUGGAGAAAAUACUUGACAUUGAUGCUCUGUCCCCAACGGCAAACCACUCAGAGGACAAAAUAGAAGAGGUUAAAGAUGAAGACAUAGAAGAAGAACUUGGGGAGGAAGAAAUUGAGACCCCCAGAGAGGAGACUAAGAACAGGCAAAUCCACUCAGACCUGACCAGCAAACAAUUGUUUGUAGAUAAAGCAUUCAAACCCACAGCUGAGCCCCCCAUUCACAGAGACCAAUUAUUCCAGCCUGGAAUAGAGGCAAAUCAUAUCAAGCUCCACUCAAAACCCUUGGAAGAAAACACAAAGUCUACUGGGAAUAUUUCUAAAGUCAUUGACGAGAGCUGGAAAAGCAAAGAGGAGCCUUCUAAGAUUGCAGAUCAGGUUUUGAAGGCCACAACAGAGAAGGUGGAACUAGAAGAGAAGCAGAGACAGAAGCUGCAGGAACUGAGGGAGUCGCAGAGCAAAGAGAUAGAAGAGAAGCAGCUUAAGCUGCAAAAAGAGAAGGCGGAUAACAUCAGAGCCAUAGAAGAAAGACUGGAACAAGAAGCGCUGGAGGCAGAGGCCACUAUGAGGGAGGCCCAUAGGCAGAGACUCCAAGCCCUGGAAGAUAAGCUUAACAUGGAAACGGAAGCAGAGGAGAAGAGCAUGAGGCUGAAACAGGAGGAGCUCAGAGAGGAGCAUCGGCUGGCUCUGGAGCGGUUUAAGACGUCCCAGGAGGAGAAGUUGCUUCAGGAGAAAAACGCGCUGAAGGCUAAAAUGAAUCAGGAAAUGGAGAGUGCGUUACAUGCAGAAAAAAACAUGCUGCUACAGGGAAGAGAGGCUGCUCUACGGGAGCUGAGGGAACAAAUGGCGAUGGAGACCAAGGAGGCCUUGGAAUCUCUGAAAAGACGGCAUUCUCUGGAACUGGAGCAACUUCAAGCCGCUGCCAAGGAAAAGCACAAGGAGACAUUGCUUGGCCUUCAAGAUUCCACUCAACCAAAGUUACAGAGAGAGGAUUUUCUGGCCGCACACGAACCCCACCUUGCACACAAGAAAAUGUCUCAGGUGCUGGACUAUGAGAAAGAGAUGAGCGAUCUUCUGCAGGAAAAGCGCCAGGAAGUGCAGAGAGAGCACGAGAGGAAGCUGGAGCGACUGAAAGAGGAACAUAAUCAGGAGCUGGAGAAUAUGCGGCUCCAGUUUGAGGAUGAGGAACAAACUCAGAGGUUUAAAAUGAUGGAGAAGCUGCAGGAGGAGCUGGGAAGGAUGACGCUGCUUCACGAAAAGGAGCUGGAGAUCCAGCGCCAGGCAUUUGAAAAGAGACAGGAGGAGCGACAACGCAGCUACCAGGAGAAGGAAAGCAUACUUCUGGAAAUGGAGCAAAACCAGGCGAUCAUAAAGAAACAGCUAUUGCUGAAGACAGCCCAAAUAGACUCGCAGGAGGAGAUCCUGAAAAAGAGGAGAGAAAAACUUGAUGAAUUAGAAAAACAACUAGAAAGAAGAUUAGCAGAACUGAAGAUGAAGGAAAAUAUAGAGAGAGAGCAAAAACGUCUGUCUGAACUGGUUCAGCAAUCACAGGGGGAGUUGCAGGACACCCAAAGACGUAAAUCCGAUCUGAACGAACAUGUGGAACUUUUGCAGAGUCGGUAUGCCCAGCUCCAGAAAUUAGCCAGCAACUUGGAGGAGGAGAUAAGCAAGAAGCGCUUGGAUCUGAGCAAAGAGGGGAUGUCGAGAGUGGAGUCUGAACUUCGGCUAGAAGAUCUUGCACAGUCUGGUAACCACGUGCACUCGACCCCAGCUCCUCACAGAGAGUCGGCCAAACACGCCUGGACCUCUUUAAAGAAUCACGUUGAUGUUAUCCCGUUGGACAACGUGCGUCAUUACAUCUCCUCCCAAGGCUCGUCUAUACAAAAAGCUAAGGAGUUUUUACAGCUGCAGACACGCUCCAUAUGCAGGAGGCAGACGGUGCUUCGGGAAGCCAAGCAGCAAUGGCGUCAUGACAUGCAUGAGACGGAGGAUCCAGAGAGAUCACAAGUGCUGGAAGGGAUAAAGAGGAACAUGGAAGAGGAAGCACGCAGUCUGGAUGAAAUCUGCAGUAACAUGGAGAAGGGGCAGGUUUUGCUGCAAGAAAAGGAGCAAUGCCUCCAGGAGCUUGAGAAUUCCCUUCUUGAGGAGAUGUCUGGGGACGCUACUUCGAAAAGAUCCAGAAAUAGGAAAGUAGUGACAUUUGACAUCAGCGACACAGAAGACACCAGCAGUAUAUCCAGCAAUGACUCCCCAAGAUAUGAGAGUCUUUCAUCACCGUCUGGACAUUCACAGAAAGUGCAGAGUUUGGUGGAGUCCCUGCAAAGCGUUACUUUGCAGCUGAACAAUGUUCUAGGGUCGCUUGGACCCCAUGCCUAUGGUUCUUCUCUUCGCGCCCAGCCUCCUGUAUUUGGAGGUAUUCCGCUCUCUACCUACACGUCUCUGAACAGACCCGCUGCUCCACCUGGCAUUGUGCCACCUUAUCAAUGGGCAUGGAACAGCCAAGUCCACUCAAGUCUUCCCUCAUCUUCAACCUCAGCCGCUCGGUCCGUGGAAGCGCUCUUUGUGAAGAAAUUGCAGAAGUAUUUCCCAGGUGGAUCAUCGACUAUCAUUGACCCACCCCAAACUGUGACUAAUUUAGGAUAUGAUCCACUUGCAGUUCCUAUACCACAAGUAGACAAUCAUACGAUGCAGGCCACUUUGAAAAACAACAAGAAUUAUCUGAAAAACUUCAGGAAUGAUCCCAAAGUACCCAAUCUGCCCAAUACAAGCAGACUCCACACUACAGGACGUCUACAACUACGUCUGGAUGACAACGAUCAGAUCAAAAUAUUCCACUACUAGGGGAACGGACACCGGAUUCCUUCUUUCUCCUGCUUUCUUCCCGUCCUGCAAUCAGGCAGCCAUUUGUAAACCCUAAGCAUUUCAACUCUAAUUUCUGUUACAAUUUUCUGGCUGUACGGCUGUGUUUUUGUUGCAGUAAAAUAUUAGGUAC